CAUCGUCAGUGGGUGUGAAUUGGCAGAUUCGCGAAUCGUCGUCAAUUGGUUCAGCCAACAAUGAAAGUGCUAGUGAUGUUAUCGGGCCUGAUGGCCGUGGCAUUGGCCGCUCCGGAACCUCAGUUUUUCGUUGGCGGGGUGGUUGGACUGAGGCCACACGCAUUUAGAAAAGCAUUGAGGAAAGGCUUCUUUCCGGUUGCGGUUCCAUACCCGGCAGUAGCCGCCGUGCCCUAUCCAGUUCCAGUUCCGGUCGCACCCGCCGCCAUUCCCGUUCCCGUGCCGGUUCCAGUGGGUCCGGUAGGCCACUAUGGUCAUCCGGGUGGUUAUGGUGGACCAGCCUACGGUGGAGGUCGCAGCAACGCCCAGGCCCAGUCGGCCUCGUUCAGCAUAGGACCGGGAGGUAUUACGGGCUCGUUUAGCAAGGCGGCAGCCGGCAGCAGUGCCGACGGAGGCUUCGGAGGAUCAGGGGCCACCGCGACGGCUGAAUCGGCCUCGUACGGGGGUGGUUUUGGCGGAUUUGGAGGAUCGGGCUCGAGUGCGCAAGCAUCGGCCAACUCGUUCGGAGGAGGUGCUGGCGGAUAUCCGUAA